ACGGGUAAAGAUGAGGUGGUUCUUAUGCGUAGUAUCGGCUUAAAAAAGGAAGAUUAUUCCUUGGAUAAAAAAACUGCGACGAAAAAUGAUGUAAUGAAUUUACUCGAAAGUGCCGGAUUUUCUCGUUCCAAUCCUUAUUACAUUGUCCCACAAGGAAGGGUAAGGGAUGAUUUUAUCACUGCUUUGACGAAUGCUAAAGAUCCAGAACGAUUGCAAUUACUAAAAGAAGUUGCUGGCACAAGGGUAUAUGAACAACGGAGACAAGAGAGCAUGAAAAUUAUCGAAGAAACAGAUAAGUUUAUUAAAACAUUUAUUCGCUCCCUUAAAGAUUCUAAAAGAUCAAAAAUCGAAGAACUUCUCACUUAUAUUGAAGAACGUCUUGAAGAACUUGAAGAAGAAAAAGAGGAACUGAAAAAUUUUCAAGAAAUGGAUCGUGAAAGACGGUGCUUGGAAUAUUCAAUAUUUCAUCGUGAACAGACUGAUAUACUUCGUCAGUUGGCCGAGAUGGAUGAACAACGGGAAAAAGGUGUCCAUGGUUCGAAUCAACAAAACAUGGAAUUCAAUGAUCUUGAGCAAGAAAUUACACGUGAAAUGGCAGAACUCCAAGAAAAAAUUGAACUCUUGAGAGUGGAAAAGAGGGAGCUUGAUGAAGACAUGCAAGAACAGAUUAAAGUCCACGCACAAAUUGAGUUGGCAAUUAAAGAUAUGGAAGACACCGCACAACAAAAUAAAGAAACAAAAGUUUGUGAUUUAUAUUACAUUGAUUCAAGUCUCUGA